AUGUCCACCACAACGGCCCCAACCAAAUCAAUCCUCUUCAUCUCUGCCACAGGCGGCAUCGCCCUCUCCACCCUGAAACGCUGCCUCGCCGCCUCAUCCAGAGCAAGCCUAACCAUCACCGUCCUGGCCCGUUUUCCCACCCGCCUCCAAGGCCUUCUCUCACCCACCGAGCUCGCCUCCCCUUCUUUGCGGAUAAUCGAAGGCAACGCCCACUCAACCUCAGACAUCAUCCCUGUCCUCACCCAUCCCUCCAACCCAACCUCGCUAGUCGACAUAAUCGUCACCGGCAUCGGCGCCAAGCCCGACAUGAAGAAUCUGACCGUCGACGACCCGAGCGUGUGCGAGAAGGGCGCCAAGGCGUUGAUGGAGGCUUUGGGGAAGGUCCAGUCUACCCCAGGAUCAAGUUCGGGACAGGAAAAGCCAUACAUAAUAGCCAUCUCCGCCGCCGGCGCCUCCACGCUUCACAGAGAAUACCCGCUGGCACUCUACCCCGUGCACGCCCUGCUGCUGAAGGCAGCCAUCAAGGACAAGCGGGCCAUGGAGCGUGUUCUUAUCGAUAACAGUGACAAGUUGUUGGAUGGGAAAUGGACGGUCAUCAGGCCGAGCAUGUUGACGAAUAAGCCGGAGAUCGGGCUGGAGAAGGUCAGGGUCGCGACGGAGGAUUUGAGGAAGAAUCAGUUGGAGGGGGAGAAGGUCGUGGGGUAUACGAUUUCGAGAGAGGAUGUGGGCAAGUGGAUCUUUGAGAGGCUGGCGGUUGGUGGUGGUGAUGAGGGGGUAAGGAAGUAUUUGGGGAGGGCGGUGGUUUUGAGUUAUUAG